AGGAAAGGCAGAAGUUCGAAGUGAGAAAAUGAGCGGAGAAAUCGAAGAAUCUCUGCCACAAGAGCCUCAAAUAGAAUGCGAGGCAACAGGGUCAGAUGCAGAACAUGAACGAGGAGGAAAACAAGCGAAAUUCGAUGAUGAAGAUAGUGACAACGACUCCACAGUAAGCAGUUCGAACUCGAAUUCAACCCAAGCUUCCAUCGCAGGAAAACGAGGAUUUCGAGGCAAAGGAAGAAAGAAACGAAACUUAGCCUUCAGAUGUGUUAACUUCCUCAAGGUAAAUGAAUUGCGACUAAUAAGAAUUUUUUUCAACUGUUUCGUGGCAAAUGCUCCUCGCAGGUUAAAAAAGAAUUUAUUUUCCCGCGCAAUGUCAAUUAUUUAUUGUUAACCUGUUUACCACGUGCUUUGAAUUGCGCAUUGAUUGAAAUCACUACAGUGAGUUCAUUCUGAUGCUCGAGAGAACAUUAGGGACCAUAGGGCAUUGGGAUAUCUUAUUGACUAUUAUGAAAAUGUUAUACAUGAGAAUCUGCUCAAGCGGAUGGAUUUUAACAGAUUUGUAUGAUUGGUCGACAUGAUCAUGUCAUCAAUUUUUGGGACUUUAGCUGGGNAGGAAGAAAGAAACGAAACUUAGCCUUCAGAUGUGUUAACUUCCUCAAGGUAAAUGAAUUGCGACUAAUAAGAAUUUUUUUCAACUGUUUCGUGGCAAAUGCUCCUCGCAGGUUAAAAAAGAAUUUAUUUUCCUGCGCAAUGUCAAUUAUUUAUUGUUAACCUGUUUACCACGUGCUUUGAAUUGCGCAUUGAUUGAAAUCACUACAGUGAGUUCAUUCUGAUGCUCGAGAGAACAUUAGGGACCAUGGGGCAUUGGGAUAUCUUAUUGACUAUUAUGAAAAUGUUAUACAUGAGAAUCUGCUCAAGCGGAUGGAUUUUAACAGAUUUGUAUGAUUGGUCGACAUGAUCAUGUCAUCAAUUUUUGGGACUUUAGCUGGGUGCAAGAACCUGUGAACAUUUUCAUUGCGUCUUACCUUUUUUUUUCAGGUUCUGUUUUGUUGACUUCUUUGUUUCCUUUGUUUUAUGUCACUCGUGAGUUUUACAGGUUCUUACACCAAGGAUGAACCAAUUUUAGCUUUUUUGGAGAUGCGAUAUAAGGAGAGGUUUUUUUAGGGUUAAUUUAUGAUGUCUCGCUAGGGUCACGAUUGAUUGAUGACCAUGAUAUUUACCAUUGGUUGCUUACCCUGGUUCUCUCAGCAUGUAUGAGACACAUUGUCGCUUUCACCAUGUGAGGUACAAAUUAUAAACAAUGAUUGAAUGAGUUUUUUGUGAUAUCCAGAAUAAUCAAGAUCGCGGUAAGCAUUAUAGCCAGGCUGAAGGGGAUCUUGUGUAAUUUGUGAACCCCGCGACUGAGUAUCGUUUGGCACUAUCGGCCAUUAUGUCAAGUAUGGGUCGACUCUCGAUGGCCAUUUCGGUCGACUGUUGGUCGACAUGUCAAUCAAUAUGUUGGUCUACGCGCAACUGAUAUGGCGGUCAGUGUAUCGGCCAACAUAUCGGUUGACAUGUCGACACUAUCGGCCGAUCUGUCAGUCAACAUGUCAGCAUUCUCUCGGUUGACUAUCAAUCAACACAUCAGCCAACAUGUUGACUGAGAGUCGGGUGACAGAUGUCAGCGGAGAGAGCGACUGUGGGUUAGCCAAUAUGUCAACCGAUCAACCAAUAUGGCGACCUAGAAUUGGCUGACAUAUCAGCCGACAUGUCGAUUGAGUAUUGGCCCAUAGUGUUGACCAAUACUCAACUGAGGGGUGCACAAAUUACACAAGAUCCGCUGAAAGCCGAGGCUGAUAACACUUAUAGAGACCUAGAUUAUUUUGGAUAUCACAAAAACCGAAUCCAAGGCUGUGCUCUAAGGAAAAUUGAAGGGAGCCCAGUGUUUUAACCCUGUAAAAUCUAGGGUGCCCAGCAUAUGAUUUGUACAAAAAACUAAGAUUUUCUAGUUGCCCAAAAACAAAUGUUGGGUGCCAGGGUCCACCGGCCUCUGCUAGAGCACAGCCCUGGAAUCUAAUGAUUGUUUUUUAUACAUUGUUUUGAAGAAAAUAAGGACAAACACACCAACAUAUGGAAAACAGUUUGACAUCGCUCUUGUAAAUCAUGCAUUGCGCACACAACCUACAUUUUAGUUAGUUAUCUGCUAGCAGAUAACAGACUAAUCUGUAGGUUGCACUGAUUUCCAAAAUGAACUGUAGGCUCUCAGCCAAUGAGAAGACAAAUACUGAGUAUGAUAUGUAAUCAUACCAAUGACUGGAGCUACGGUUGUCAAGCAGUGCCCAACGACCAAUGGUCAUGAGACCAACAAUAUACACCUAUACCAUGAUUUUUUACAUCUGAAUUUAUCAUAAAUAAGCCAUAAUGAAUUACGUCUUAUUACUUUUGUUUGGCAAACCCAAGACAGUUAAAUCUCCUUACAUGUAAUACAGAGCCUUGUUGGAAUUGUACAAACUUUGGAAUACAGCUGAACAUCCUUGUGUGACCCCCUCUCAUGAGCGACCACCUAUCCAAAACACCAAAUGGUUGGAAUCUCUCAUAAACAACCACCUCUUGUGAACAACUGUGAUCACUUUUUAGGAUGACAGUUUUGGAAGUUUUUCAUUGUUUUUAACCUCUUCUAAACAACCAUCUGGUAGAAUGCUCUUAAAUCUUUGUGUUGGCAGUAUGUACUAUAAUGCUACUCUUUUUUGACAGGAAGAUCAUAAACAGCCUAUAUUUGCUGUUCAGUUUAACUACAAUGUACCUGAGGGAACAGAAGAUCUCCAUUUGUUUGCAACUGUUGGAAGCAACCGGGUAAGUGAUAUAGAAAAAGGGACUGCUUGCUCUUAGUGGCCCCUUGUAAGUUUAACUUUUGUCUUUAGGUGACUUGGAAAAUCAACGAUGUAUAAUACGUAGAUUUGGUCAAGCCUUAAAAGGGACAUUUCCAUUUUAUAUUCUUUUAAUUUAUUUGAAACAUUUAAGUUUAGCCAUUGUAAGAAAUCCACAAAUCUCUACUUCACCUUAGGGGGAAGGGUUGGGUGAUUUCAGAAAAAAAAUGAUGUGUGGUAGAUCGAGCAGCAGAUCACUUUAAUAAUUUGAGCUGUGUAGGAGGAGAUGUGUGACUGAGAAAGUUAAUAACUGGGUGUGCUGUUUUCUUUUGAUGCAGGUAACAAUCUACCAGUGUGAAGCCAAAGGAGUGGUCAAGCUGCUUCAAGCUUAUGCUGAUGCUGAUGUAUCUUUUUACUGACUUUGCCAUUAGUUUUACUUUAAUUAGUGUUAUUACUUACUUAUUUAUUCCAAUUGGAGACAUUUUGUUGACCUACGCUUGAAAUGCAUGGUAUUGAAACAAAAGUCAAACCACCAUGUGCGACUUCCUCUCAUACGUUGUAUAAAGCGACCAUCUAUCCAAAACACCAACAUUUGCCCUGUCAUAUUACUACAUUUGAAGCCUCUCAUAAACAACCACCUGUCCUAGCAACCACGACCACUUUUUAGCUCAUGGAUGACGUAGAGGGUACUAGUAAGGCGAAUUUUUUUUCCUGAGAUGGGUUUUGUAUAAAUAGCAAUAUUUUAAAGAACACUGAUAAUAUCAUCCGCAAGAAAUGGACUUAGAAUUGUUAAAAGGACAUUGAAAUAAUUGAGCGUGGAUCAUUAUUGUGUAUUUGAACGAAUUGUGCACAUUUGUUCCGGAUAUUGUACUUGAUAUGGAGAAGAUGCGAUCAACAGGAGCGUGAAAGAGCUAUUGCAGCCUGACGAUAGGAUUUCGUUCAGCGAAAAGCGAAUAAGCCAAAGAGCCUUAUAAUCACUGCAAAAAAACUGUCCUCGAAUUGUUAAAGGGACAUUGAGGAGUAUCUAUUGAGGUUUAUUCAGUUAUUUGGACGAAUCCGUUCGACCAUUUGUCUUCGUAUGCAAACAGGGAAUGAAUUAAUGUUCUGUCAACUAGAAGCACAGGUUUUAGAACCAACAAGCGUUAAGCUAUUUUGCUUGGAUUCUUAGGUGAUCUUUGCCUUAAAGUAGGCUUUUGUUUGUCGGUGAUUCCAUUUAGCAGUGCUAUUAAUGUAAUUUCUACAAGAAAUGCUGCGCUGGUAUAAACAAGUCUCUGGCGAAAGGCAAUCGGAUACUUCGACUGCGUUUAAAUUACUUGGCUAGGUCAGAGCACGUACUGCUUUGAGCUUAAUUUUACAUGUAUUAAAAUAAUUUUUAGCUCGUGUUUAUCAAAAGCGCGUUCUAAAGCAGUUCAAUUUAGCCAUAAACGCCUGUAUUCUGUAUUUAAUAUAGCUCGUACUGCAUAUACUAACCGUUACGUACUCAUCAUAUGGAAACAUUUAUUUGAAAGCAUCGCACUUCUAAAACCACGGUUUAAAUAAAACUCAUGUAUGUAAAACUUGGCUAUUUUACAAGAAAGUGCACUGUCGUUCGGAAAGUGUUUGACAGUCAGAUGAGAAAGCAAACUAUUUUACAACUAAAAAGCGUUAAUAAUUGCUUUUAAAAGUGAUCUUUGCUUUGUAAGUAGAAAUGCUGCGCUGAUAAAAAGUUUCUAGAAUAUUCAGGUACACAUGCAAUCGGAUACUUCGAGUCACGCUGUAUUUUGGCAAGUCCGUACAUAAUGAACCGUUCAAAAAGAUUAAUAUGUUUUUCUGUGAUUAUUGAACUGUCUUUUCUACACUAAUUCAAUUCAUCCAUGAGCUCGCUCCUAGGAGCCUUUGAUUUGGAUGAUGGUGUCCGAAUCUUUCUUUAUUUUUAGCCUCCUGUUUGCAACUAUUAUUUUUGAAGCAAGGUUUCAUAUUUUUCUUUGCUGUACGUAGUACAUUACACAGAGUGUGCGAAGAACUUUUAGUGACAACAGAAAACUACACAUAUCAUAAAUUAGAAAUUGCAUGCAAUGAAUUCUCUUUCAGAAUGUUGAUGAGUUUGGAUGCCUUCUAGAAUGGGGCCACUAUGGUUCAACUCUUAUCCAUUAAAUGUUUGCAUCUUGUGUGGUUGAUUAUGGAAGGUUCAGCUAUACUCUAUCGUUACUGGACACCUUAUUUGUAAUUGAACUAAAACAGCUUCUGGUCACUGGAAAAUAUUUACUGUUUCCAUUGAGCAGUGAUCAUUCAUUUCAAUGUCGGCAAGUACAUGUAACAGCUGUCUUUAAAUUGCUUGCUAUCUUUUCAAUCUCUAAUCACCCCAUUGAAGUCAGAGUCGACUAAACACAAUUGUAAAUAAAAAUGUUCACCAAAACAUAAAAGAAGAAAAAAAAAUUCCCUUAACUUGUUGUAGCCAGAGGAAAGUUUUUACACCUGUGCCUGGUCAUAUCAUCCUGACACCGGGGAGCCAUUACUUGCCGUUGCUGGGACAAGAGGAAUCAUCAGAUUCAUUAGGUCAGUGCUGUUUUUGUUUUGUUUUAACUCUUGCCAAGUAUUUCAGGGGUUUAGUGAGAAAUUUUCCAUAAGUACACAUCUCCAAAGUCAUUUUUACUCCAGUGAUUACAGUGUACACUAAAACUGUAUCAUUCACCAUGUCAUAUGACUGAGUGAAUUAUUAAGUGAGGGGAAAUUUACUCUCCAGUCCCCCAAAUCCCAAUUUCAGAAGACUUCACAACUUACAAAUUACUCACCUGUUUAUAUACUUCAUAAUAUCAAUGAUAAGUCUUUACCAUUAAAUCAUGGAGAAAAUUACAUAUAUACUGAAGUUAUAGACAGUUAUAGACUGUUUUUAUUUUAUUUAUUUUUUGCAGUCCAAUCAGCAUGAACUGUAUCAAGGUAAGUGUGAACAAUUUUAGUUGAGAAUUUGUAAAUUCCAUUUUUAUAGCAUUAAAUGAUUGUGUUGUAUUUCCUCUUCAGCAUUACAUUGGUCAUGGUGGAGCUAUAAAUGAACUUAAGUUUCAUCCGGUGGAUCCUUAUAUACUUCUUUCAGCAAGCAAAGGUGACAACCAUUUUGUUGAGUGAUGUACUAUAUUCAAGAUGGAGUGCUAGUGUUUUCUUACUUUAUAAAGAGAAACCAAAAUGUGUACAGUAAAAACUGCAUUAAGCAGACCAAGGAAGAAAGGAAUUGUGGGGAGCCAAUAAGCUCUUAAAUGUACAAAGAAAUUAAAACGGAAUCCAUCAGGAAAUUGAGUAAUUUUAAUUUUCAGUGGACAAAAACCUUAUACCAGAACAAUUUAAAGCAUACUGCAUUCCUUUUUACACUUUUCAACCAGUUAUUUGUAAUAACACCAAAGACAAUUUUUUAUGGGAGCCUGAGAAAUCAAUCUCAAAUUGCACAAAAUGAAAUUUUUACGAAUGAAAUUUUACCUUUGUUUUCACAAUUCCUCUGAAAUUUGAAAUUUAUUUUCUGGGGCUCUCAUAAGAAUUUUUGUCUUUUGGUGUUGUUACAGAUAACCAAUAAUUUUUAUUGUAUUAUAAUCUAUAGCCCUUGAAAAAUGUAAAAAAGAAUGCAAUAUGGUUUUGAUUAUUCUGGUACAAGGGUUUUUUCCUCUGAAAAUUUCCUGAUGGAUUCCAUCUUAAUACACAUAUGAAUAACUAAAACAUGUUGGCAAAGCAGUCAACAUUUCAGACUUAAGAUCUGUUGGUCUGUCUGUUCAAGCUUUGUCCUUGUGUUCUUUCCUAAGAUAAUACACUUUGCGUAAUUGUGUAUUUAUAUCUUUAUUUUUAUUAUUAACAAGGAUGUUUAACUGUAAUAUUGUUGGCAGAUCACAGCCUGAGGUUAUGGAACAUCAAGACAGAUGUGCUAGUUGCUAUAUUUGGUGGUGUGGAUGGACACAGAGAUGAGGUCCUUAGCACAGUAAGUCAUAAAUUAAUAAUGCCGUUUUGAGCUGAUCUCGCUUAUGAAAGUUACAGUCAACCAUUUAUUUUCAUUGUCUUUUAACCUAAUUUUAAGGACUUUGACAUCCUUGGUGAGAAGUUGGUGUCUUGUGGAAUGGAUCAUUCUCUUAAGAUUUGGUCACUGGAAACUGAUGCUGUCAAAAAGGUAAAAUUGAAUCUUGUAUUUGUUUUGUUUUGUCUGUUUGCAUCUCGUCUUAAGUUUUCUUUUUUCUGUGUGUUAUUUGAGAACCAGAUCUUAAACUGUAUAAGUUCUCAGUGCAUGUAUAGCUCGCAGAUUCUAGAAUUCAAAGCCCUGUAAAUAACCUUGUAUUGAUCACUGUAAUCGGUCACAUUUAUUAUACAUACAAUAAUUUUAGUGAGAACGGUGGACGUUGUUGAAGAAAUUGAUCCUAUCAAGUGUCAAGACGAUAAUAAACCGAAAAACCGGAGUUUUUUUUAAAUGAGUUAUGCUACCUUGUGUCUUACUGUUGUGAAUAGGUUACGAGCAGUCUCUCUUUUUUCUUAGCUCGUCGAGCAAAACGCGCAAGACACAAAAAUUACCACGCGCGUGACUGAAGGCGUUUCUCGCGUCGAGCGGCCACUCCCCAUUCUAACUCUGAAGAAAAAGAAAGACUGCUCGCAGUCUACACUGUGAAUGAUUAAGUAGUGCUGGGGCGUAAGUGAACCAUACCGUUCAACUUGCCUUUUUGGAUCUUUCCAGUUUAUACUAUUUUUUUGUAAAAUAACUGUCUAUGAAACAGAUUAAAACUAUUAUGACAUUGCUUUCUCGUGUCAGUUUUAGGAAACAUGAAAAGGUAUUGCUGAUACUUGGAAAUUCUUUUCUUUUUUUUCCUAGGUUAUCAAGGAGUCUCAUUCUUACGAUGCAGGCAACACUGAAAAGUAAGGUCUCUUCUUUGCAUUUACAACUGCUAGAAAUAAUAGACAUACUAACCAUGUCAGCCGUAGCCGGCGAGCAAGCUCUCUGGGGCGCUCUGGCGGCGGGGCGGAAGCUUGCAAUAACGAUGCGAAAUGUUGAUUGGUGGAGAUGACGUUAUUAAUGACGUCAUCACCCUUGGCAGGUAUUUUUCAAUGUUUGCUUACAUUCGCGCUCGUUUCCGCUUCGCGCUGAUUGGCGAAAAUAAGACAGCUCAGUCGACGGGGAGCCACUGGGGAAUUGGACGUGGAAUUCAAAUUCCAGAGACAGAGUUGCAAGCUCUCCUUCCUUUUCCCGCCCUGCCGCCAGAGCGCCUCGGAGAGUUUGCUCACAGGAGAUGUCAGCCAUGGAUAUGUUGUGGUUCAAUUUUGGUUUAAUUUUAUUUUCGUUUGUUUUGGGAUAUGGUAGUAAUAUGAUAAUGAGUUUGAAACAAUGGAAAAUAAAAUUUAUACCAAGGAUAAAAUUGAACCACAACAUCCACAACUCUCAAAAGUAUUGACUAUGUGCGUGAAAUACUUAUGUGUGACGCUGGUAGAUAAAAUUUACCGCGCUUUUUUAGAAGUUAGUUUAACGUUGAAAUAUGUUUUUUCUGUGCUUGUGAGUGAUGUUCGUUUCUCUUAUAUGUAUUAUAAGAGCUUUCGUGCUGUUGAUAGAUCUCGAUCGUCUUCAGAUAAACAUUGGCCGGAUCACAAAUGAGUGCAUCGAUCUUGUACCUUUUUGACGGAGAUUGAUUUGAGCAUGUGCGGCUUCAUGGCGCUUAGUGACUGCGGCGUUGAUCGUGUGGUGCAUAGUACUGUUGUUCCUUUUUGUCUUGGCAUCGUCUUUAGUGAGCUUAAGCAAUGAGAACGCUGACGCCCGAGACGUCAUGAAUAGCAACCAGAGGCUCGAUGUCUCGCUUGAUGGAACAAUUUUGUCUCACACAACGAAUCUGAAUGCCUUUGUUUUAACUCCCGCUGUACGAAUUUGUCGAGGCUCAGUGCAAUGAAAGAGAGAAAAUAUCAACUUCCGGCUGCCAGUUUUGACGUCCGGGACGUCAACGUUCUCGUUGCUUAAGGUUUCUCCCCAGACCAACGUUGUCUCUCGAACGUCCCGGUAACUUUUUGGGAUGGAAGUCAAAUAUUCAGAUCAAAAUGUAAAGAACAGGAGCGCAGGUCCUAGCUAACAAACCAGUCCAUUUUGUUUUGUUAACUAAUAGUUUUAUCAUGUUAUCUCUGCCACGGAGACCCCGUUAACUAUCCGCACUUUCGAGAAACGGGCCUCAGAGGAGUAACCCUAGAUUAGCACAGAAUAGAAGUACUGUUGUUUGUUGCCUGCCUGUGGCUCGUACGGCUGUAGAGAUUAGCUGAUUUGCAAAGUUACUUUACUGUUGUAUUUCAGAGCGUUUUCCUCGAUCAAAGUCCACUUUCCGGAUUUCACGACACGUGACAUCCAUAGAAACUACGUCGACAGUGUUCGUUGGUUUGGUGAUCUUGUCCUGUCUAAAGUAAGAUGUGUUUUACAUGACGUAUACAUUCAAGUCGUGUAGUAGUAGAGUGCAGCCUUUAAAUCUAAUGCAGUUUGUUUCUUAAGAAAAUUUUACAAUCGAUAUUCCCUACGCAGCCGUUAGCUGUUUUAUCCUCUCAAAGUCCCUCCAUUUAUUGGUAUGGCAUCCAUUUAAACCUACAUUCAUAUAUUUUCUUUAAUGACCCACUCUGUCUUCUUUGGCCAUAAAGUAGAAUAAAUUCCGACCAACUUUUCAGGAAUUGAGCGAAUACUAGAAUUUUGUCGCAUUCCCUUUGACCUAAAAACCUUGCCUUCCGACUCUUUGCGAGUAGUUAUUUUUCAAAGUUAGUGAAGGAGCAGCCAUCUCGCAACGAAGGAGGAAGGAGGAACCCGCGAGGUACGAGGGUGUUAGCCUGAGAAGAAUGUUUUUUCUCAGACCAACGUCCUCAUUUCUUGAGCCUCGCGGCUUGGCCUCAUGCCACACGUGUGGUACCCCCACUAACUUUGAUAGAAAACAAGAACGUACUCACAGUCUGUGAUGUUUGUCGAUUGUGUUCAAUUAUUUACUUCAACUCUUGGAAGCUUUAAUCGAUAUGGGUGUUNCCUCCAUUUAUUGGUAUGCAUCCAUUCAAACCUACAUUCAUAUAUUUUCUUUAAUGACCCACUUUGUCUUUUUUGGCCAUAAAGUAGAAUAAAUUCCGGCCAACUUUUCAGGAAUUGAGCGAAUACUAGAAUUUUGUCGCAUUCCCUUUGACCUAAAAACCUUGCCUUCCGACUCUUUGCGAGUAGUUAUUUUUCAAAGUUAGUGAAGAAGCAGCCAUCUCGCAACGAAGGAGGAAGGAGGAAACAGCGAGGUACGAGGGUGUUAGCCUGAGAAGAAUAUUUUUUCUCAGUGUUAUUUUUUUCUCAGACCAACGUCCUCAUUUCUUGAGCCUCGCGGCUUGACCUCAUGCCACACGUGUGGUACCCCCACUAACUUUGAUAGAAAACAAGAACGUACUCACAGUCUGUGAUGUUUGUCGAUUGUGUUCAAUUAUUUACUUCAACUCUUGGAAGCUUUAAUCGAUAUGGGUGUUAACCUGGUGCAUUUCCUUUCAGUCAUGUGAAAACUGUAUUGUUUGUUGGAAGCCGCAAGAAAAAUUUGAGGACAUUUUCAAAGGGGUAAGAUAAGCGAACUAGGGAACUGUAUUCCAUUCCCAGGAUGCCAUUAAGGUUUAGAAUAAAUUAAUGAAUCGUGAAGCGCGAAGGGUUAAAAUAUGAAAAAAAUAAUAAACCGGCAAAGCCAGGCAAAGGCAAUCUUUUCUUUAUGAACUGGUCACGAAUUAAAGGCGGGAAAAACGUGCUAACCUUAUAAAUUAGGUUCGUGUUUAUAGCAACUGGUAACGUAUCAAUACGGAGGGCGUGGAAUAGGCUUCAACACAACCAUUUGAAUAUACGUCUUGAGUGCAAGUUGGUCAUCAAAAUAACUUUGUUUUAACUAUUUGCUAUUUCCCACCUUCUACAAUGUGAAAUUGAUAUCAUCCUUUGAAAUUUCGUAGCGUCUUUCUGCAGGUAUCGUCAUCAAAGAAUUAAAGGAACCAAACAAAAGAGCUGUCUUGUGGGCUUUAUUGUUUGGUUGUAUUGUUUCUUUUGUUGUGCGUAAUUUGUAGUCUGUGCCUCGGUACCUACAGAAGUAAACCCUUUUCUUGACAACUCGUGCACUCUUCACAAAGCGAUUUUUCUUUUAACCGAGAGGUUACAUUUAAUCAAACCUUAUUAAUUUGAUAUUCUCUUUGUUCCCAGCCUUUCAAUUCGGAGCGAAGCGUUACCAUGCUUCAUAGGUAAGUAAAGUGAUCUCAUUUUGCUGAUCAUUCAAUUGUAGAUUGUCCCAGGUAUUUCCCUAAAUGGCUUUAAACUACUUAUGUCUCUAUUUUUCAAUUCCUUCGUCAGAUUUGAGUUUUCUCAGUGCGACAUAUGGUACAUGAGAUUCAGUUUAGACUACGAACAGAGGGUAAGAAAAUCACAUGUGUAGGAUGGUUUAAUUUAAUCAGAAUAGAUGCUUCCAAAAACAAGUCUUGGAACGUUUCAUGAUAGGAUUUUUUCAUCGUUCGUUCAAUUUUGUUAUUUAUAGCAACAUUUCGACCGUUUUCUGACGGUAUUCAUUUAGUGAUCACCGCGUCGAUUUGUUUCUGUUUGGUUUCGUUGGCCCCAUUAGUUUUCAACUUAAACUGGGGGCCUUUCAGACAAAAUGGAGAACAUUUAUUAUAGCCCCUCCCCUUGUACUCCGUAUCCUUUCGUGUCAAUGAUAUUCCUGUUAGUUGCAUUUUGAGCAGGUUAUUUAUUAUUAUUUUUUUAAAUCAUCUCACCUAAGUAGCCAUAACGUGUGGGUGUCGGUGUUUCUUUAGAGGGAGAUAUGAAGGGAAUGAUUACCUUCCUUACGCAUUGUUUUCCCUCUCCGGCCUCCCUGCAGAAAAGCCUGAUGCUCAACCUAGUAUACAGGACAUGGAUCAGUAAAAUCCAUAACCUAGCACACAUGUAGCUGAACUCUUCCCCUCCCCAUCCCUGAGGGUACGUCCCUGCGUAGUUUUUGCUAGGGAGAGUGCGGGGUUACUAUCGAACCAACAGUCCAACACGUACUGAUUGUAAAAAAUAAUUAAUGAAUCCAAUGAUUAAAUGGUUGGGUCGAAUUUAUUUACAGCUCAUGGCUGUUGGAAAUCAAACAGGAAAGACGUUUGUUUGGGAUAUUGGUGUGGAAGAUCCAAGGAAAGCAAGGUAACACGUUUUAAUUUCUCACUGGAUAUCACAUUUUACCAUUCGCUCCUUUCCUCGAUUUGCUAUCCCGCGCGACUGUCCCGUGGGAAUGCCCGCACGGCCUAGUUCCCAGGCCCUCUCCUUUUCUGGUUAGAGGUUACUUCUCGCAGUCAAAGUUUGGUUGUUCAAAACAAGCUGCGAUGCUUCAAAAGAACAGAAUCUCCUUCUCUCAAGUGCCUAACUGAAGUCAUGAGUAGACGGCCUGCUGGACUUUUUAGUUACAAUAUCGAGUUUUUUAUUUGCCCAGAUCAACAACGUUGGUUCACAACAAGUGUGUUUCAGCCAUUAGGCAGACGGGCUUCAGCAAAGAUGGCAGGUUAGUGAAAGGCAACAAGAUCAAUUUAGGUUUCUGGGAAACUGACCACCUAACCCUCCCCUAAGCCAACAUUUUCCCUUAAGUGAGAAGUAAGUGUUAAUGUUGACUUAGGGGAGGGGUGGGUGGUCAGUUACUCAGAAACCUCGAUUAUCCCUUACUGUCUUUACUUUUGAGGAACUGGCAUCAAAGUUAGGUGAUUUUUUUGUCUAACAAUACUUCAUUUCCUCGAGUAAGCGUCUCUUUUAUCACCCUCACCCUUCACGAACAAUAGUGAGAAGAAUAGAAAUGUGAUGGGGAAUUUUUAGCCUGUUGAGUAAGUAAGAAAGAUCUCUUUUUUUUUCUUUAAGUCAGUGACAUAUACGGCUCGGAACCAGGUACUCUCAAUAGGAGUCAUGCGCACUGCCUUAAUUCUGUUUGUAAAUAUGGCGGCUCUGGGCUGGCUCACUACACAUAAUAGGCUGAUUUAGCAACAGAACGGGAACGUCAGUUGACGACGGCGCGCGCAAAUCAAACAACUGGCUUGACCAAUGGCAGAGCGGCAACACCGGAAGUCGUGUUUAGUCCUUUCCGCGCGUUUUCCCGUCGUCAACUGAUGUUCCCGUCCUGUUGCUAAAUCAGCCUAGUUAUCGGGAUUACAGUCACCUCGGGCCCUCGUCAAACCAAGCCAGUUCAGCCCAGGCCCUUUCUCGUUUACCUUAGCACAUGCAUUGCUUGACCGGGAGACAAAACAAAUCAACAACUGAACAAGCGCCUUAUUCUGAUCAGCUGAUAUGAGGUGCAUCGGUAUUUCAAGGUUGGCAACUGCACAUUAGAAAGACUCUUAAAAAAAACAAAGAGCUUCUUUCUCUGAAACCACUGACUUCUUUCGGUUUAAUUUGUCGUAAUUUGUCUUUUUUUGGUUUCUCUUUUGACUACAGGAUUUUAAUCUCUGUUUGUGAUGAUGGCACACUGUGGAGAUGGGAUAGAGUCAGAUAACAACUUACUUUUUUUCAACCGGAUCUUGUCGCUUUUUUGUAUCAUAACGCCCUAUUUUUGCACUGUAUAUUCUUCUCUAACACGAAACCUUUGCGUAGAAUUAAAAGUAGCUCUUC